AAGACAGUGGAGACUACAGCUGUGUGUGUGGAGACCAGAAGACCACAUCCAGCCUCAAGAUCAAGGCUGUGACGCUAUCAGCUCCUCCAUCAGCUGCUAAAAUGGAAUCUAAGAGGCAGGAGACCAAAGAAAAAGUGGAAGGCAAGAUGCCUGAAUUUCCACCCAAAGAUGCUAAAGACACGCACAAGAGGCAAGAGAUAAAUGAGAUAGUGGAAGCUGUGACGCUGCCCACUACUGGACAAACUCCAAAGCAGCAGCUACUCAGAGAAGAGGCUGAGAGAGAUUCAAAAGGCCUUAAAGUGGACGGUGAAGCUGAGAAGACGGUUGCUGGCUCAGCUGGAAAACAAGAUAUCCAGAGGCAGGGGACCAAAGAGCCGGGAGCAGUUGCCGUAGAGACGUCGGCAACAUCAGCAGUGACCUCCAAAGCUGAAGCUGAGAAACAGGAAUCCAGAAAGAAAGUUGAAGCUGCACCUGUAUUAUUCAAGAAGGAGCUGCAGAGUCAAGAGGCCACUGAAGGAGGCGAAGCCUCCCUGUCCUGUGAGACGUCCAGCCCUGAUUGCAAGGUGACCUGGCGGAGGGACUCAACAGUACUCACCCAUGGGAAGAAGUACACCAUGGAGCACAGAGCCACCACUCACACUCUGGUUAUACACAAACUGGCCAUGGAGGAUAGCGGAGAAUAUACCUGCGAUACAGGAGACAAGAAAAGCGCUGCUACCCUGACUGUGAAAGAGCAUGUGCGCAUCAUCAAAGAACUCUGCGAUAUUACUGUGACCACUGGGCAGGAUGCUGUCUUUGAGGUCGAGCUGUCACACUCGGGCGUCACCAGCGGGGAGUGGUGGCUGGGGGACAACCUCCUUCAGAAUAACGAUCUGAAUCAAAUGAGCAGCCAGGGCAGAGUGCACCGUUUGGCCCUGAAGAUGGUAACCUCGGAUGAAUCAGGGGAUGUUGCUUUCGUAGUGGGAGAGGAGAAGAGUGUGGCCUGUCUUCUGGUGGAGGAUAAACCCAAAGUGCUAAUAUUAGAGAAGCCGCACAACACUGUGGCAUUAGAGGGUGAAACUGUCACUCUGGCCUGCACCGUCUCUGACCCCAACGCCACCAUCACCUGGAUCAGAAACAACGUGACCAUUCAAGCAGGUCUCAAGUAUGAUCUGAGGAAAAACGCUGCUUUCCAUCAGCUUCGCAUUCACAACGUGGUGCCUGAGGACUCAGGAACGUACACCUGUGACACUGGAGAUGCGCAGUGUGAUGUCACGUUGACUGUGGAAGGUGCCCCAGCGUUCUUCCAGAAAGAGCUCAAGAACCAGGACGCCAUAGAAGGUGAUGAUAUCACCUUGCACUGUGAGCUGUCUAAACCAGGCGUUCGUGUCGAGUGGAGGAAAGGAGGCAUUGUCCUCCAGCCCGGUAAGAAGUGUGAGAUGAGGCAGGAAGGGUGCAUUCAGGAGCUCUGUAUACGGAACCUGGAGCCUGAAGACAGUGGCUACUACACCUGUGAUGCAGGAGACCAGCUCACUACAGCUUCUUUAGCAGUGCAAGUGAAAGAAGUCUUCAUUGUUUGUGGUCUUAAGACCACCGACGUCUUUGUCGGGGAAUGGGCAACUUUCUCCUGCCAGCUGUCUGGUAGGGCGUCUGGCAAGGUGCAGUGGUGGCUGGAUGGCACCUUGCUGGAGAACAGCCCUUUUAGUGAGAUAGGGCUGAGCCAGGGCCACAUCCACACGCUCACCUUAAAGAACCUGGCCACAGAUGACUCUGGCACUGUCACCUUCAAAGCUGGCAGUUUAACAUCAACAGCCAAGCUCUUAGUCAAAGAUCCCACAGUUGAGGUGGUGAGCGAGAUGGAGGACCUUCGGGUGGUUGAAAACCAACCAGCUGAGUUCAUCUGCCAGUUCUCAAGGCCAGUCAAGGCUCAGUGGAAGAAAGAUGGGCAACCUUUGCAGCCUGACGGCCGAAGGGUGGUAGUGGAGCAGGACUGGAAUGUGGCUCGCUUGUACAUUAGCCGUGUGUCCGCUGAGGACAAGGGCACAUACUCCUGUGAGGCAGAGGGGACCUGUGUGGUUGCUUCACUUCAUGUGGAAGCCAAGCCCAUUCACAUUGUUCAGGGUCUGGAGAAUGCGGAGACCUUCAAUGGAGGUGAAGCGCUGUUCGAGUGUGCCCUCUCCCGUCCUGAGAACAAAGAUUUCUGCUGGCUUCUCGAUGGAAAACCAGUGAAAGAAUCCCGCACUGCUGAGAUCGUGACGUUUGAGAGCGGUCGCCGCCAUCUGCUCCUGCUGAAAGAGUUGCACAUUAAAGACAGUUGCACGGUGACCUUUAAGUCUGGCGCGGCUUCCACAUCUGCCCAGCUCACUAUCAAGGGCUGGCAGCUGGACAUCGUGAAGGGAUUGGAGGACCGAGUGGCUGCAGUGGGAGAGAAGGUGGAGUUUUGCGUCGAGCUCACUGAGCCUGUCCCUGCGGCAGAAGUGGCCUGGUACGCUAAUGGAGUCGAGCUGAAGCCCAGCGACCUCUGGGCUAUGAGGGCUGAUGGUUGUUCUUAUCGCCUCGUCUUGAGACAGGCGCCUCUUUUGCCCCAGCAGGAAAUUACAUUCGCCGCCAGGGAUGCUCUCUCUUUGGCAAAGCUCACCAUCAUCACUGUACCCGAUCCUCCAGAAGAUCCAGAGGUCCUCAGUAAGACUAAACAGUCUGUGACCCUCUCGUGGUUCACUCCUCUGCAUGACGGAGGGAGUCCCAUUCUGGGCUACAGGGUGGAGAUGCGGCUGGUAGACAGCGCCCUCUGGCUUCCGUGUCACUCUGAGCCUGUGUGCAACACAGAGUUUGUGGUUGAAAACCUCGUCUCGGGGAGCAGCUACAGGUUCAGAGUGGCAGCCAUCAGCAGAGGCGGGACUGGAGAGCCUGUGGAGCUGCCUCAGACUGUGCAGCUUGAGGCACCUACACAGCCACUAAUUAGCCCAGAUGCAAAACAGGGAGAGGCAGAGACACUGGGACAGCCCAGCUUGCCUCCUGAAGCAGCUGAAGAAGCCGAUCUCCAUGAACUGUGGGAAGCAUCAGCCAAGAAACGGCGCAUGAGUCGAGAGCCCACUCUAGACUCCAUCACUGAACAACCUGAGGAGGACGGCAAAGGUGGUAAAAAGAAAUCUGAGCAGACUCAGUCAGAGAAAGUGGAAGUAAAAUCAGCAGAGAAGAAGUCAGAAUCCAUCGUGUGCACCACAUCUGAGGAUGAGACUGUUUCUGUGGGUUCAACACUUGUGUCCUACCUCAAAAAGAGCAGCACGACUGCUGUCACAGCAACCAAUGAGGCAGAGACUCUGACCGCCGACAGAUUCUUUGCACAUUUCCAGAUGGCAGAGCAGAGGACGGUGCAGCAAACUGAAGUGAAAACAACGACAACUCUGCAAAUAGAUGAGAAACAGGUAUCUGCAGAGGAGACUAGCAUCAUGGAGAUCAGUAAAGAGGAUGAGCCUGAGCUCAGAGAGGCUGCUAUUAAGAUUCAAGCUGCCUUCAAGGGCUACAAAGCCCGCAAAGACAUGCGUCCUGUGUUUAAAGACGUCUUCAAAGACCAGACCAAAGAACCUAAUGGUACCAUACAUCUGGAAUGCAUGACAGAUGGUAAACCUGAUAAGGUACGCUGGAUGAAAGAUGGAGAAGUACUGACAGAUGGAAAGCAUCAUCAUAUUGAUAUUUACAAUGAUGGCACCUGCUCUCUGGUCAUUACUGCCAUCACCACCAAGGACACUGGGGUUUACACUUGUGAGGUUACCAACAAGUUUGGAGUAGCUUCCCACAGUGGCAAGGUGACUGUGGGAACAGUGAGAGAAUCAUCGGGGCGACGGCCCCUGACGGUGGGCUACAGCGCAGACAGUGAGCCUGAGAGCUCCUCAGGCAGUGAGAUGGACGAGUCCCUGAGGCAGGCAAGCAGACGUCUAAGACGCCUGUUACGCACUCGUCUUCCACCAGAUGUUGAGGAAGAACCGUUUCUCAGCGCAGACGAAGGAGACUUGCGUCCCCCAGACCCUCACUCUUACCGUGAGGAUGAGAGUUACAUCUACAUUCGCUUUGAUUCACGGACGGACGCUGAGGUUGCUGCUAAGAGGUUCCAGGAGAUGUUUACAGUCCACGGGGUCCCUGUGGAGACCACCAUCCUGUCAGCAGGGCCUCUCAAAGUGGAGCUGCGGAUUAAAAAGAUGGGCUACGUGCAAGAUGGAACACAGACACCGACACAAGAUAGACAGCCUCCUGCGAUACUGACUGGAGCACCAGCUGCCCCGGUGUUUUUAACGGAGCUGCAGAGCCAGGACGUUCCAGACGGUUAUCCAGUCAGCUUUGACUGUGUUGUAAUUGGCAAGCCCCCGCCCGCUAUCCGCUGGUACAAGGAUGGCAAGCUGCUGGAGGAGAACGAUCAUUACAUGAUCAACGAAGACCAGGAGGGCUGCCACCAACUCAUCAUCACCACCGUGCUGCCCACUGACAUGGGCGUCUAUCGCUGCACGGCUGAAAACAGCAGCGGCAUUGCAGCCACUAAAGCUGAACUCAGGGUCGACAUGUCUUGCAGCUCUGAUUAUGACACUGCUGCUGAUGCCACUGAGACGUCUUCCUACGUCAGUGCCAAGGGCUAUGCGUCCAGCAGGGAAACUGAGACCUUUGAGUCUGUAGCUGAAGAUGAUCAGCUGCCACAGGUCGUGGAGGAGCUCCAUGACGUCCACGUCAGUCCAGGUUCACCGAUCGCAAAGAUGCAGCUCAGAGUAAAGGGUUUCCCCAAACCCAGAGUGUACUGGUUCAAAGACAGCCACUCUCUACGACCUUCAGAAAGGAUUCAGUUGUCAGCAGAGAGAGACGUUCACAGCGUGGAGAUCAUGGAGGUGAAGAAAGCGGAUAUGGGGGAGUACUCUGCUUAUAUCAGCAACGUGGCUGGUUCUGCCUACUCCUCUGCCCGACUCAUAGUACUGCAUCCAGGGGAGAUUAUGCCACAAGAUAAAAAAGAUCCCAAGGUGCCCCUGGUGCCGCCCCGCUUCCUCGAGAGGUUUAGCAACAGGAAGGUGAAACAAGGAGCAAGCAUCACUCUCUCUGUCAAAGUAGAAGGCUCUCCCACUCCGAUGGUCUCCUGGCUAAAGGAGGAAUCAUUGGAGGACGUCCUGUGGAUCAAGCCUGAUACCAAGGGAUAUAAAAUAGCAAGCUCUGGACGCCAGCACAGCCUCAUCCUGAUGGACGUUGGCACAGAGUACAGCGGCGCCUACACUUGCAUUGCCACAAACAGAGCAGGACAGUCCAUCUGCACCGCUCACCUCGAGGUGGACGACACAUCACGACGAAAGAAAGAGACCGUAGCCUCAGAGGUUCUUGGAAUUACAGUUAGUCCUCCAGAUGAGGAGGCUGGCAGAGGAAAAGAGGGUAAAAUGCCCUACCUCGGUGAAGUAGGUACAGAGGAAUUCCUCAUGAAACUCACCUCUCAGAUCACUGAAAUGGUGUCGGCGAAGAUCACCCAAGACAGUUCACAGAAUCAUGAAGUGCUCCAGUGGAUGAAAUCUUGGCCCAAAACUACCACUUCGUUACGCGUACCGGGCGCCGACAGCGACGAUGAAACCAAAACCCCUUCUCCAUCGCCUCACCACGGCCGCUCUCGUCCUCCCUCCCUCAUCGCUGACUCCUCGUCUGAGUCUGAUGAAGGGGACGCCAGGGGAGAGAUGUUUGACAUCUAUGUGGCAACAGCUGACUACAACCCCACCAUGGCAAGCAAAGACUCCAUCGCUCUGAAGGAGGGACAGUAUGUCGAGGUUCUGGACUCGGCUCAUCCGCUCAAGUGGUUAGUUCGGACCAAACCCACCAAAACGACACCAUCCCGCCAAGGCUGGGUCUCACCUGCGUAUCUGGACAAAAAACUCAAACUCUCUGCUGACACCGGGGAUCUUCCAGAAACAAAUGUGGAGGAGGUGUCAGAGGGAGAGUACAAGAGGAAGUUAUUCCAACUGAUCCAGGACUUGGUGAAUGGAGAGUCAGAGUUCGUCAGGGAUGUGGAUUUCUUUACCUCCCAUCAUGUGAAGCAUGCAGACCUCCCCGACACGCCGCCUGAUGUCAGCAGCCAGAAGGAGGCCAUUUUCAGGAACAUCGAUGAAAUCAAACUCUUCCACAGCAAGUCAUUCCUCCCGAAGCUGAGUGACUGCGACACAGAUGAUGACAUAGCCAUGUGCUUCCUGAAGAACAAGGAGGGCUUUGAGAAGUACCUCCAGUAUCUAGUAGGUCAGGGUCAGGCUGAAUCUGCCAUCAGUGACAAGACUGUCCACCACUUCUUUAAGGAGUACACUGAUAAAGAGCAGGCCAGUGCAGACCCUGCCGGUCCCCCCGUACGAAGCAUCAAGGCCUGCCUCCAACAACCGCUGGACAGAGUUCAGAAGUACAAGGCCAUCCUCAAGGAGCUCAUCCGGAACAAGGCGAGAAAUGGCCAGAACUGCUGCCUGCUGGAGGAAGCCUAUGCGAUGGUGUCUGCGCUCCCUCAGCGGUCCGAGAAUACCCACCACGUCUCCAUGAUCGAGAACUAUCCAGCCACCCUGGAAGUUCUUGGAGAGCCGAUUAGACAGGGACCGUUCCAAGUGUGGGAGGGAGCUCCUGGAAUUAGAACGUCCUCUAGAGGUCACCAUCGCCACGUCUUCCUCUUUAAGAACUACUGCAUCAUCUGCAAACCCAAGAGAGACAGCAACACUGACACACAAGCAUAUGUGUUUAAGAACAUGAUGAAGCUGAACAACAUCGACGUGAACGAGACAGUGGAGGGCGACGACCGGGCCUUCGAGAUCUGGCACGAGCGCGAAGACUCUGUGAGAAAAUACACCUUACAGGCCCGAACUGUUACCAUCAAGAACUCGUGGCUCAGAGACCUCCGAGAGCUGCAGCAGCGAUACAGCAUGCCUGCUUGGAGUCCCCCUGAUUUUGAGGCGAUCCUGGCGAACUGCACAGCCGAGUUGGGCCAGACUGUGAAGCUGGCCUGCAAAGCCACCGGAGUACCCAAACCUGCCAUCACCUGGUAUAAAGACGGACGCACGGUGGAGGCAGAUCCUCAUCACAUCAUCAUCGAGGACCCCGACGGUUCCUGCACACUGAUCCUGGACAACAUGACUGCAGAUGACUCUGGCCAGUACAUGUGCUUUGCCUCGAGCUCGGCUGGCAACGCUAGCACUCUGGGAAAAAUCACUGUUCAGGUGCCUCCUCGCUUUGUGAAUAAAAUCAGGAACGCUGUCUUUGUUGCUGGCGAGGACGCUCAGUUCACCUGCGUAAUUCAAAGCGCUCCCACCCCCAAGAUCAGGUGGUUCAAGGAAGGCAGGCUGCUGACGGACCAGGAGAAGUACCAGACCUACAGUGAGCUCCGUAGUGGGGUUCUGGUUCUGGUCAUCAAAAACCUGACAGAGAGAGACCUCGGGCACUAUGAGUGUGAGUUGUCCAACCGUCUGGGUAACGCCAAGUGUGCUGCUGAUCUAGUCCUGCCCUCCGCUGUGGCUCGCACUGGUGAGCAGGCCAUCACCAUCGAAGUUACCGAGCAGGAGACUAAAAUACCAAAGAAAACCAUCAUCAUCGAAGAGACGAUAACCACUGUGGUGAAGAACCCACGCAUGAGGAGGCACAGAUCUCCUGGACUGACUGUCCCUGGCGCCCACCGCUCUGAGACUUCCACGCCGGAGCCUCCGACAACCAGGCAGAGGAGGAUGCCCGCUCAAAGAAAGACCACCAUCCCGACCCUCUACGUCACUGAGCCCGAGGGGGCCGAAGCCAGAGCGAUGGAGAUGAAGCCCCGGUGGGUGGAAGUGGAGGAGGUCAUCGAGUAUAAGGUCAACAAGUCUCCCAGGCUGCCCAGGAGGAGAGGGAUCUCACCGGCAGGGUCUGAGCGUUCCUCCACUCCCUUAAGAGCCAAAAGGUCUCCGCUGGAAAACCCAAACACGAAUAACUCCAACAACAAGCUGGUGGAGCAGGCGCAGGCCCAGCUGCAGGGAGACCUCAGCAGCCAGCCGCUGUCCUGGGAGGAAGAGGAGACGCCCGCCGCCUCCGGCUCUGCUUCUGGAGAGCCACAGGAGGUCUCAUCUGUUCUCGCUGGAGAGGACAGCGACGACCUGGACGAUCAGCAAACUGUCAUCUUUGAACCCGACGAUGAAGACGACGACUGCGGUCAGCUCAGAAAGCCGGAGCCUGUCAUCCUGAAGCAAGGAGAUCACGUUCUGAGCCUUGAGGACUUGGAGGACUACAUCCCAGAGGAGGGAGAGACGUACGGCUCCUCCGCCUCCCGUCACGCUGCCGAUGAGAAGCCCUGUGAGAUCUCCGUGCUCCAGAGGGAGAUCGGCGGGUCGUCGGUGGGGCAGCCGGUGCUUCUGAACGUCGGGCGCCCGGACGUGGCGCCGAGGCAGAGGAGCGGCUUCUUCGGCCGCUUCAGGGAGCAUCUCUCCGGCAGCCUUUUCUCGCCCGCCGCCUCGCCGGCCAGCGGAGCCCGAUCCAGGAUGGAGAGACACGUCCCCAUCCAAGUGAGCCACGCCAAGCUGGAGGUGAAGCCGUCGUACUGCUCCGAGGUGCAGAGAGUGGAGGGCGGGCAGCAGAGCUUCAAAACCAAAGUGUCCACUCAGACCUACGGCUACACGUCGGUCGGCAACCCGGUCACUCUCCAGAUCAGAGAUAACCACUACCAGAACCAGUAGAAGCAAACAGUUCAUCUGACACCACAAACCCUCGUAGUCUUAAAUGGGGAUGUUUGCAUGAUUUAAAGAUAAAUAAAAAAAACAAGACGACUCCUAACCUGAGGUACAUCUACUACAUUUGACAAACCAUUCCAUUUUGAAGCUGCCAAUCAGAAAAUAGGCUCCUCCUCAGAGCUGUUCUCUUGACAGAUGUUCGGGGUCAGAUGGUCUCUUUGGACUGGACGAGUUGUAACUGUAGGAUUAUGUCUCUAUGAGCAGGUUUCAGAGCCACGAGGUUCUGUUACAGCUGCUAUAACACACACAGAGCUGUACGAGGACGGACUGACGUUCUACUGAUUAACUAUUUCAACGUCUGUCUCUGACUUGAAAUUAGUGAGAAAACCUUUUUCAGAUAUUCACACGAACUCGACUCUAUCAGCCGAUCUGAGCGUCCUGCUCCUGCUGUAUACAUACACAGAUAGUUCUACUUUUAGGUAUUUAUAUAUUUUUUCGGAUUCACUUUUGUACCUUUCAAUAAUGAGUUAAUGAGGUGACGACUGCACGUUUUACUCCGACAAGCGACUCUGCUUAUUAACGACACAGCUUUGGUGAAGUUUAAUCGAUUGAUCACGUAAUAGAAGAUGAUUCUCUACUAGGUUGGGGUUCAUGGUUUGUUCUUUGGUGAGCAGCUUAUACAGAUGUGACACCUUUGGUAGGUGAACCUCUAGUCUGCAUCCUUCAUCAUGGUGAAACAUGUUCCUACCAUGAACUGAAUUUUGUACUCAGCUCUUUGCAGCACAGCUAGCUGCAAACUCAGCGGCUGUCACACGACGUUCACGUGUAAGUGAUUGAAUUGAGUGCCUGCAUGUACGUGUUUAUCCAGAGUAACCAGAAGCACUUGAGCUCGCUGGAUUUAUGACAUUUUCAUUUUAAAAGCGACUAGACUGUGUUCCUCCUGAGAGACGUGUGGCGUUUGUGUUGUGUAAGGGUGUUUCAGUCAGCUACGAGGAUUGUGUAAUAUUAUUAAAGCACUAACGGAUUGUAAUUUGCUUGUACAUGUGUAGUUUUGGACAAAACACGGUUGAGUACAAAGUGUUGAAUUAAAUAAAUGUACUGCAGAUACUCAA